CGGCCCCGCCGCCAUGGCGCUGAAGAUGGUGAAGGGCAGCAUCGACCGCAUGUUUGACAAGAACCUGCAGGACCUGGUGCGCGGAAUCCGCAACCACAAGGAGGACGAGGCAAAAUACAUCUCCCAGUGCAUCGAUGAGAUCAAGCAGGAGCUGAAGCAGGAUAAUAUUGCAGUGAAAGCAAAUGCAGUCUGCAAACUUACAUAUUUACAGAUGCUGGGCUACGACAUCAGUUGGGCUGCUUUCAAUAUUAUUGAAGUCAUGAGUGCAUCAAAGUUUACAUUCAAAAGAAUUGGUUACCUAGCUGCCUCUCAGUGCUUUCAUGAAGGGACUGAUGUAAUUAUGUUGACUACUAAUCAGAUCCGAAAGGAUCUGAGUAGCCCUAACCAAUAUGAUACUGGAGUUGCACUGACUGGCUUGUCCUGUUUUGUUACUCCAGAUCUUGCCAGGGACUUGGCAAAUGACAUCAUGACACUGAUGUCUCAUACAAAGCCUUAUAUCAGGAAGAAGGCAGUGUUAAUCAUGUACAAAGUUUUUUUGAAAUACCCAGAGUCCCUCCGUCCUGCAUUUCCUCGCCUUAAAGAGAAACUUGAAGAUCCAGAUCCUGGUGUGCAGUCUGCUGCAGUAAAUGUUAUUUGUGAGCUGGCUCGACGCAAUCCCAAAAACUACCUUUCCCUUGCUCCACUCUUUUUCAAGUUGAUGACAUCGUCAACCAAUAAUUGGGUUCUCAUUAAAAUUAUAAAACUGUUUGGUGCUCUUACUCCAUUAGAACCUAGGCUGGGAAAGAAAUUGAUUGAGCCUCUGACCAACCUCAUCCAUAGCACCUCAGCCAUGUCUCUCCUAUAUGAAUGUGUGAACACAGUAAUAGCAGUUUUGAUCUCCCUGUCCUCUGGGAUGCCUAAUCACAGCGCUAGCAUCCAGCUUUGUGUUCAGAAGUUAAGGAUAUUGAUAGAAGAUUCUGACCAGAACUUGAAAUACCUGGGACUGUUAGCUAUGUCCAAAAUCCUGAAAACGCAUCCUAAAUCAGUUCAGUCUCACAAGGAUCUCAUUCUCCAAUGUUUGGAUGACAAAGAUGAGUCUAUCCGACUCAGAGCUUUAGAUCUCCUGUAUGGCAUGGUUUCGAAGAAGAACUUGAUGGAGAUAGUGAAGAAACUGAUGAUUCACGUGGAUAAAGCAGAAGGGACGACAUACCGGGAUGAGCUGCUGACCAAAAUCAUAGAUAUUUGUAGUCAGUCCAAUUAUCAAUAUAUAACAAACUUUGAAUGGUACAUAAGCAUCUUGGUGGAGUUGACCCGGUUGGAAGGCACACGACAUGGGCAUCUUAUAGCAGCUCAGAUGUUAGAUGUAGCUAUCAGAGUUAAAGCUAUUCGUAAAUUUGCGGUUUCUCAAAUGGCCAUGCUUCUGGACAAUGCUCAUCUCAUAGCCAGCAACACCCAGAGAAAUGGGAUCUGUGAGGUGCUUUAUGCUGCUGCUUGGAUAUGUGGGGAGUUCUCUGAACACCUCGAGGAAGCAAACCAAACUUUAGAAGCAAUGUUGAGGCCUAAAGUUACAACUCUACCAGGCCACAUCCAGGCAGUUUAUGUCCAGAACAUGGUGAAGCUCUAUGCAUCCAUCCUACAGCAGAAAGAGCAAUCUGGGGAAAAGGAAGCAGCUCAGGAAAUUACACAGCUGAUGAUUGAGCGUUUGCCUCAGUUUGUACAGAGUGCAGAUCUAGAAGUUCAGGAGAGGGCUUCUUGCAUCUUGCAGCUAAUAAAAUAUAUUCAGAAGCUACAAGUAAAGGAAGUACCUGUUGCUGAGGAAGUCAUAGCCCUGUUUGCUGGUGAGCUGAAUCCUGUGGCUCCUAAAGCACAGAAGAAAGUACCAGUUCCGGAGGGCUUGGACCUUGAUGCCUGGAUCAAUGAACCUCCAUCAGACAGUGAGUCUGAAGAUGAAAAGCCCAAAACAAUUUUUCAUGAUGAGGAACAAAGGCAUUCCAGACAUAGACAGCCAGAAAUAGAUGAAGAGGAGCUGGCCAGACGUCGAGAAGCCCGGAAACAAGAACAGGCAAACAACCCAUUUUAUAUUAAAAGCUCUCCUUCCCCACAGAAGCGAUACCAAGACACUCCAGGUGUGGAACAUAUACCUGUGGUCCAGAUCGACCUUUCUGUCCCCUUAAAAGUUCCAGGAAUGCCCAUGUCUGACCAGUAUGUGAAACUGGAAGAAGAGCGAAGACAUAAACAGAAACUGGAGAAAGACAAGAAAAAGAAAAAACAGAAAAAGGAGAAGAGAGGUAAACAUCAUCGCCAUAACUCUCUGCACACAGAGAGUGAGGAGGAUAUUGCUCCAGCUCACCAUGUUGAUAUUAUAACAGAGGAGAUGCCAGAGAAUGCUUUGCCCAGUGAUGAAGAUGACAAAGAUCCCAAUGAUCCGUAUAAGGCACUUGAUAUAGAUCUGGAUAAACCCUUAGCAGACAGUGAGAAGCUGCCAGUGCAGAGACACAGAAAUGUUGAGACCCUGAAGUCACCGGACUCAGAAGCUCCCCUAGUAGAGAAGAAGAGCAAGAAACCCAAAAAGAAGGAAAAGAAACACAAAGAAAAAGAGAGAGACAAAGGAAAGAAGAAAGAGAAAGAGAAAAAGGGGGAAGACUUGGAUUUCUGGCUGUCCACUGCUCCACCGCCUGCUUCCACUACCCAGCCACAGAGUGAGCCUGAAGUGGGUGCUGCUGUUGUGGCUGAACCUCAAGAGGUAAAGGAAGAAAGGGAAGAGCGAGAAGAGGAGGAUGAUGAAGGAAAGAAAUCCUCCAAGCAUAAGAAGAAAAAGCACAAGAAAGAGAAAGAAGAGAAAUCAAAGGAUAAAAAGAAAUCCAAAAAGAAGAGUCAUCACAGUGAGGAGGAGACAACAGAGUCGGUGCAGAAUGGAACACUAGAUGAUGAACCACUACCACCUAUGUCCAGUUACCGCCUUCUUGCUGAAAAUCCAUACAUUAAAAUGACAUACGAUAUUCAAGGAAACCUCCAGAACGAUAGUCAAGUUACUGUCUCUGUUAUCUUUGAGAACAAAAGCACUAGCUUCCUUAAGAGCAUGGAACUAAAUGUCCUGGACUCUCUCAACACUAAAAUGCUCCGACCAGAAGGAUCAUCAGUACAUGAUGGGAUACCUGUGCCCUUCCAGCUACCCCCUGGAAUCUCUAAUGAAGCUCAGUUUGUGUUUACACUUCAGAGUAUUGUUAUGGCUCAGAAGUUAAAAGGAACACUGUCCUUUAUAGUCAAAAAUGAUGAAGGUUCAACCCAUGAAAAACUAGAUUUCAAAUUGCACUUCAGUUGCGCUUCAUACUUGAUCACGACGCCUUGCUAUAGUGAUGCUUUUGCCAAGCUCCUAGAGUCUGGAGAUCUGCACAUGAGUUCUAUUAAAGUAGAUGGAAUUAGCAUUUCUUUCCAACAUCUACUGGCAAAGAUCUGUUUUCAUCAUCAUUUUUCAGUUGUGGAACGCGUUGAUUCGUGUGCAUCAAUGUACAGUCGUUCUAUCCAAGGCCAUCACGUCUGCCUACUGGUAAAAAAGGGAGAGAACUCUGUAUCCAUAGAUGGGAAAUGUAAUGAUUCCACCCUGCUUAGCAACUUGUUGGAUGAGAUGAAAGAGACAUUGUCCAAGUGCUGAAUAUUCCUUAUAAAAUACUCCAUCUACAAGAAACACACCUAAUGUGUAAAGACGAGCAGACCCAUGUGUUAAGUUUCUCCCUCGUACGCAUGUACUAUCCUGGGGCACGUGCUUUUCAGUUAACUCCACCAUUGUUUGCAGUUUCAACAUUUUAAGGCUGUAUGUUACCUUUUUAUUUCAAAACUUUUUACAAACUGUGGUGUUAACCCUUUCUAGCCCAAAGAGAUCCUGGUGACAUGACUGGAGGAGGGAGGGAG